UGCUGAGACUGGAGGACAUGAAGGAGCAUGGGACACCUUGGACAUUUAUUUAUCUUGAUAUCUUGCAUCACCCAGCAUCACAUUUCAGGUUACACUCUCCCUGCCUGCCGUGAGCAAUUGGAGUUCAGGUGCAACGAUGGCUCGUGUAUCACAAGUGAAAAGCUUUGUGACAGACACAGCGACUGUAAUGACGGAUCAGAUGAACAGCACUGUGGUCGGCUGAAGUGUAAGAAGGACGAGUUCUCAUGCCUUAGCAGCAGACGAUGCCUUCCCGCACGCUUGUCGUGUAACGGCGUGAAGGACUGCGGCGACGGCAGCGACGAGGACUCCUGUCCGAGCUGCACCGCCGGCCUCUUCUCCUGCGGGUUGUCCGACGGCUGCCUGAGCAGACUCAGGCUGUGUGACGGACGUGUGGACUGCAAAGACGGGCGGGAUGAGAUCCAGGAGUUAUGCGGUUUGAGGCGAGCCCACCCGCAGAGCGCUCCCUCUUGUCAGGCGUCCGAGUUUGACUGUGGCGACGGCCAGUGCAUCCUCCACACUUGGAAGUGUGACAACAAAGCUGAUUGCUCGGAUGCGAGCGACGAGGACAACUGUGAGCAGAACGAGUGCCUCGUCAAUAAUGGCGGCUGUUCUCAUCAUUGUGUGGACACAGGGAUGGGCUUCCACUGUGACUGUCCUGACCACAUGAGGCUUGUCGGGAAUAGUCACUGUGAAGAGGUGGACAUGUGCCUGGAGAGCGACGUUUGCGAUCAGCUGUGCAUUUACACUAAUGGGACCCUCGUCUGUGACUGCCUCGACGGCUAUCACAUGACCCCUGUGAGCACAGACUGCAAGGCCAAAGGGGUUGAUGCCCGGCUGCUUGUGUCCACGUCUAAUGGAAUCGUUGAGACGGGCCUUGGUGGCGCAGCAUCUAGGAUGUUGGCAGUACAUGUACCAGGACCUGGGCCUGUGGCAGCCUUUGAGUUUAACAACACACUGUACCUGGCCCAGCAAGGACAGGGGUCUGUUUACAGGGUUCACUUAAGUGGAGAGGCCCAGGAUGCCACGUUGGUACUGAAGGUUCCCAGUCCUGUCUCAGGCCUGAGUGUAGACUGGAUCCAUGAUCUUCUCUACUGGACCAGUUUGGAGAGUGAUUCCAUUAAUGUCAGUCUACUUGAUGGCUCCACACAGCGCCAACUCAUCACAGGACUGGACACACCUUGUGCACUCACGGUGGACCCACUACAUGGAUUACUCUUCUGGGCCCAGUGUGGCAGCUCGCCAAAGAUUGAGAGGGCAAGCUUGGAUGGCCAGGACACAAUGACUAUGGUCACUUCUCUAUUAAAUCACCCGGUCGCUCUUACUCUGGAUAUGCCUCGCCGGUUGCUGUACUGGCUUGAUAAGGGCAUGAGAAGCAUUUCCAGAGUGAAUCUAGAUGGGCGCCACCGCAAAACGGUGGUUGAGUCAAACGGCUAUCUGGAUCAGCCUUUUGGUCUGGCUGUUUUUGAGGCUUUUGUAUACUGGAGUGACCGAGACACACACUCCAUCUGCAGAGCCAACAAGCACAGUGGCAGUGACUUCCAACUAUUUCUGACAAAUGUCACCUCACCAAGCGGCAUUGCCAUCAUUCAGCCUGCGCUUCAACCUAACAGCAACGCUGCGUGCGGCAGCCCCGGGAGCGUGUGCACACACAAGUGUGUUGUUGACCUCCUUUCGGAGACUCCCAGCUUCCGCUGCACUGGAAUGGGGCUCAAUCGAUCGCAAGGCAUUCCUGCUAUUUCCCGCACCAUUCCUGCGUCACGUUUGUCUGAUCCUGGAUUCGCUGGAAUCCUUUCUCUAAUUGUUUUCCUCAGUGUGCUGCUGGUGGGAACAGUUGUUUGGUGGUGGAGAGAGGAGGUCCGGCCCGCUAGGAAUUUGACAGCGCAAAGCUUCUCCCUCAAAGAGUCCCAGGACCCGCUCAUCCAGUGUCCACGUGAAUGUCUCGGCAAGGAAACUCUUAAGCUGGACUUGGACAGUGAAUGAAGACGCUGUGACACACAUGGCCGGAUGCCUGCUCCACAUAUUAUCACAACACCCCCGGUGAGCUGCUGUGACUACCAGCCGACCACUCGGCUGUGGUCCAGUUCUCGUCGUGGGUUCCAAAAACAACUGACUUUCGGUCACAAUCAGAGGUUUGACGAGCUAGAAGGUCAUUCGCACAUUGGCUUCGAUUACUUUCGCCUCUUGUGACUCCACAUGUUGAAUGUUUUAGCUUGGUCACUCCUAAAAGCGCUAUGCACUAUCCUUGGACUAGUAGUUGACAUUACCUCAAGACCUUCAUGUUCCUUUAUUAUCAAGUUUAUUGCUUAUAACGUACCAGCAGUGUUUCAGCUGUAGCUAUAAAGCACGCAAAGCUUUUUCAUUAAGAGCUAAAAUAAGCUUGUUGGUUUGAUACUUGAAAAUGACACCAGGCAUUGAAGUUCUCAAUUGUGAGUAUUGUCUCAGUUAUCGACUUGUUUUUUCCUUUUGUUUUUAGAUUUUGAAUAUGUAGUGGCAGUUGCGAAACCUGUGCUCAAACGAAGUGGAAAAACUGGAGACAGAUCCUCCAUUACCCCCCCCCCCCCCCCAUUAUAAUUACUUGGUGGUGCCUUUGAUCCAGAAUACAGAUUGUGAAUGAAUGUUUAUUAUUAUUUUCAUUCCCCUAACAGGAUGGGCCAUCUGCCUCAGAUUUGUCAUCAUGUAUUAUAGAUGUUUUAACGAGCAUUUUGUGAAUUGUAUGUAGUUUUCAGUUUCUGUGGUCUUAGGUUGGUGCCCAGUGAAAUAUCCCUUUGCACGUGUAACUGUCUUUGUCUUUCUGUCUGAGUUUGCUUUUUUUUUUUUUUUGGUCUAAAUUACAUAUAACAAAAAUCAGAUCUGUACAAAGAAACUUAAAAGCAUAACAAAAAUUAUGGUACAAACUGCAGUGUUUAGUUAUUUAUUUAAAGAGAGGCUUUUAUUUAAUUUACAUAUGUCCUGCUGCACUUUUGUUAUUUGCACCAUGAAUGAAAUUGGCUGUAAAGAAUAAAUCUAAUAAAAUGUCUUU